AUGUAAUUGUUAAUUGUUGUAUCAGAGUACAUCAUUAGUGUGAAAGUGUGUUCGACUUUUCCAACACACGGAAGGGAAUUCGUGCUGUGAAUACACGUAUUUUACGGAAAGUUUUACGUCGACCUGAGUGAGGCGGCCGAUAAAAUGUGCGAGAACGAUAAGUCAGUUGAGUGCGAGAACGCUGAGGAAGAGGACGCAGAGAUGUGGGACCAAGAUUUACUUGAGGAUGCACCGUGGAAAUUAAUCCAACGAAAUACAUUUACACGAUGGGCGAACGAACGACUUAAAGUUAUAAACAGACGCAUUGAUGAUUUAGAAUGCGAUUUGUCGGAUGGCCUUAUAUUGAUACAUUUAAUCGAAGUGCUGGUGCAGAAGAAACUUCCAAGACAUAAUCAGAAACCCACCUUCAGGUCACAGAAGCUUGAAAAUGUGUCAGUUGCUUUAAAAUUUUUAGAAGAUCAAGGAAUACGGAUUGUCAAUAUCGAUAAAACGCACACCACUGAUUGUGAGUGUAAGCUUAUUCUUGGAUUAUUAUGGACACUAAUCUUGCAUUAUUCCAUUUCGCUACCUAUGCUGGAUGAAGAGGAGUCCGACAAGCCUGUGGCACCAAAUACAAGAUUAUUGCGUUGGAUCCAGUCCAGAAUUCCAGAUUUACCAAUUAAUAAUUUCACAUCUAAUUGGAAGGAUGGGCGAACUAUUGGCGCACUUGUAGAUGCUGUUGCACCUGGGCUUUGCCCAGAGUGGAAAGACUGGAAACCCGAUAAUGCCUUAUCAAAUACUUCUGUUGCAAUGGACUUAGCUGAUAAUUGGCUAAACAUACCACAGCUUAUUAAACCUGAAGAAAUGAUCAGCCCAAAUAUAGACGAAUUAUCUAUGAUGACUUAUUUAUCUCAAUACCCACAUGCAACAUUGAAAGAGGGAGCCCCACUGAAGCAGCGAACGACCCCAGGAAGAAUACAAGUUUAUGGGCCCGGUAUUGAGCCAACAGGUCCAGUAAUUGAUACACGUACCAAUUUUACCGUAGAAACACUUUCACCGGGUAAAGUUGAUGUUGUGAUAGAAGAUCCAAAAGAAAACAAAAUACCGGUUGAUGUUAUGUUUGAUAAAGAUGGAAAAUUCAAGUAUUCUGUUUCUUAUAUUCCAAAAUCCCAUGGACCACAUAAAAUAAGGGUAUUUGUCGAUGGAAGAGAGUGUUCAACCAGUCCUUACGUAGUAAAUGUUGGAGUACAAUCCAGUGAUCAUACAGAAAUUACAGCAAGUGGGCCUGGGUUACUACCAGAUGGUACCAUAGUUAACAAAUCAACAUUCUUUGAAAUAUACACAAAAAAUGCUGGUAAUAGCGCUCCACAAGUUAUAAUAAAAGACCCCCAGGGAUCACUGACAAACGUACCUGCAAAAUUAUUUCGAUCCUCGUCGGAUGUAUGGAGGUGCGAAUACACUCCCUCAUUACCUGGCUUACAUUCGAUAAAUGUAGCUUUCGCCGGGAAACCUAUACCUGGAAGUCCUUACUCUGUUAAUGUAUCUCCAGUGACAGACAGUAAAAAAAAGUGCAAAGCAUACGGACGAGGAAUUUUACCAAAUGGUGUACGCGUUCGUGACAACGCGGAAUUCACUGUUAUUACGAAGGGCGUAGGUGACGAAGUACCAGGAGUUAACGUUAUUGCUCCUGGUGGUGUUAACUGCCCUAUACAUAUUACUAAGAUUGAUCCAACAACGUAUAAAUGUAAUUAUACGCCGACUAAAGAGGGACGACACGUGGUAACGGUAACUUAUGGUGGAAGAGACAUUUCUAAGGCACCAUUCGAAGUCAAUGUCGGACCGUAUAAAGAGUCAGCUAUCAAAGCCUUUGGGCCUGGCCUUCACGGCGGAGUAGUUGAUUACCCAGCCAAAUUCACCGUAAACACAAAUGGUGAAACUGGUGGCCUUGGAUUUUCGAUCGAGGGCCCAUCGAAAGCAAAAAUUAUGUGUUAUGAUCAUGGGGACGGAACGGCAGACGUAUCUUAUUUACCAACUGCUCCAGGACAGUAUGCGAUUCACAUACUAUGUGAAAACGAAGAUAUUCCGAAUUCACCAUACGUUGCGAAUAUUUUGCCAAAAUCUAAUUUCGAUCCCGAUAAGGUGAAAGUAUACGGUCCGGGAGUUCAAGCAGAAUCCGUUCCUAAUGACAAACCAACAAAUUUUACAGUAGACGUAAAGCAAGCUGGUCAAGCGAAUUUAGAAGUCAUUGUGCAAGAUGUGUGUGGGAAAGACGUUCCUGUUCGAGUAGAAGAUAAUCAUGAUGGAAAAUUAAAAUGCCAUUAUACUCCAACAUCUGGAACACAACAUAUUAUUAUGGUAAAUUACGGUGGCGUAGCCAUGAAGGAUUCGCCGUUUAGGAUGAAAGUAGAUACACCAUUGAAUCCUGCUUUAGUAUCAGCUUAUGGGCCUGGUCUUGAGAAAGGAAUAAAGUCUAAUACUCUGGUGGAUUUUGAUAUUGACUGUCGCAGAGCUGGCCCAGGCGACCUUAAUGUCAGCAUUGUAAAUUCUGAAGAAGAAGAUAUAUUAUUUUCCUUGAAGAAGAAAGACGAUGGUACAUACACAGUUCAUUAUUUAGCACCACAGCCAGGGAAUUACUUUAUAAACUUGAAGUAUGGAGGUCUAAAUGUACCCUACUGCCCUAUAAAAGUCAACGUUCAACCGCAUGUAGAUGUUUCGAAGAUUAAAGUCGACGGCCUCGCUCGAAGAACUUACGUGAAUCAGCCUGCAGAAUUCAGAAUAGACACUCGGGCGAUGCCAAAAUCUGAAAAUGACUCUAAAAAGGUUUCCUAUAUUAUAAAAUAUCCCAGUGGUGGUGAAACUCAAAGCGUCGUUACUCUUCAAGAAGAUGGAACCUAUUACGUUUGUUAUGUACCAUUUGAGGAAGGAUGCCAUACCAUAGACAUACUCUACGACAAUAUUCCUGUUCCUGGUUCACCAUUCUCAGUUAAUGUUGAACGUAUGAGCGAACCCAGAAAUUGUAAAGCCUACGGACCAGGGUUACAAGAAGGAAUAGUAAACAAAUCCAACACUUUUACUGUAGAAACUAAAGAUGCCGGUAACGGUGGUUUGGCUUUAUCUAUGGAAGGGACCGGCGAAGUAAAGAUGACUUGCAAAGACAAUUACGAUGGCUCGUGCAGCGUUGAAUACAUUCCGACCGAGUCAGGAGAUUAUGAAUGUUCUAUAAAAUUUGCAGAACAACACAUCCCUGGGUCUCCUUUCCAAAUCCUAGUUGUGGAUGAAAUAGAAGCUAAUAAUGUUACUGUCUACGGAACAGGAUUGGAAUCUGUACGAGAAAAUGUGCUAGCAAAAUUUAUGGUCGACACUUCAAAAUGCAGUCCAGCCCAAUUAGAUAUUACAUUAAAGUCUGAUAAAGGACAAGUUCAGACACCGCUAAUUAAAGAUCGCGGAGAUGGUCUAUAUGAAGUUGCUUAUCACCCUACACCUAUUGGAAGUAACCUACAAGUUGGAGUGACUUAUGACGGGAAAAAUAUACCAGGAAGUCCUUUCAAGCCAAAGGUACUACCCACCGUGGAACCAAAUAAAGUUGUUUUAUCUGGACCAGGAGUGGCGGCCGCUUGCACAGCAUCAUUUCCAGUUGACUUCGUGGUGGAUACUUCUAAAGCUGGUUAUGGUAACCUCGAAGUUCAAGUUCUGGGUCCAGACCAAGUACCUCGAAAAGUAGAAAUUCAAGAUCUUGAAGAUGGGAAGUACAAAGUCAGAUAUUUACCCGAUGAUUGUGGCCGUUAUCAAAUAAAAGUACGAUACGGAGGGGUGGAGCUGCCAAGCUGUCCCAUAUUGGUACAGAGUAUAUCAACAGGAAAAGCUGACGAAUGUAAAAUAAAAAAGGGCAUACAACGCACAUUAACACAGGGUGAAGAACAAUGUAUUACAAUCGAUACUAUGAACGCGGGUCACGGUGCUGUAACCUGCCGAAUUAAGUCCACUUCUGGAAGUGAAAUUGUAGAUAUCGAUAUCGAGGAUAAUGGAGACGGGACUGUUAGCAUUUACUACACUGUUGCGGAUGCUGGCGACUACACGCUUAGCAUUAAAUUCGGCGGUCAACCGGUACCAGGUGGAUUUUACACGUUUACAGCCUCCGAGGAGUAUCGAGAGCAUAGCACAGAUAAAACGCAAAGAACGAAAAGGUCCCGUGAAAAGCAGGAGCAGCGUGUGAUUGAACAACAGAGUGCAAAUAUAUCAGAGACUUCAACUAAUACAACAAAGCAGAAGUUCAACGAAAUUUGUCUGAAUAAAAUCCGACUACUGUCAUCAGCUGGUACCGUAACAGCCGAAGUAAAAAUGCCGAGCGGGAACAUGGAUAAGCCAAUAAUCGAAGAUAAUCACGAUGGAACGGUUUCUAUUAGAUAUGACCCAAAAGAGGAAGGACAGCACGAAGUCAUUGUAAAAUUUAAUGGCGUUCAUGUUCAAGGUUCACCGUUUAAAUUCCAUGUGGAUUCUAUUGGAAGUGGUUACGUGACGGCUUACGGACCAGGGUUAGUGUACGGCGUGUGCGGUGAACCUGGAAAUUUUGUGAUUUCGACGAAAGGUGCUGGAGCAGGUGGCCUUUCAUUGGCUGUUGAAGGGCCAAGUAAAACAGAAAUAUCUUGCCAUGACAAUAAGGAUGGGACAGUUUCUGUAUCAUAUCUUCCGACCGCCCCGGGAGAAUACAAAAUAAGUGUGAAAUUCGGAGAUAAAGACAUAAAGGGAAGCCCAUAUGUUGCAAAGAUCACGGGCGAGGGACGCAAACGGAAUCAAAUCUCUGUCGGUGCAUCCAGUGAGGUUCAGUUACCUGGAAAAGUUACGGAUUCCGAUAUAAAAUCGUUGAAUGCGUCUAUCACAGCGCCGAGUGGUCUGGAAGAGCCUUGCUUCUUGAAAAUGUCCCCCAACGGUAACAUGUGCGUUUCUUUCACACCCCGUGAAUCCGGUGAGCACACGGUCGCCGUUAAAAAGAUGGGGAACCAUAUACCGAAUUCGCCGUUUAAAAUAAACGUAUCGGAUCGGGAAGUUGGUGAUGCGAAGAAGGUGAAAGUAUCCGGCCAGGGAUUGAAAGAAGGCAAAACUCAAGUUGAAAACAGUUUUCUGAUCGAUACGAGAAAUGCUGGUUUCGGUGGUCUAUCGUUGUCGAUCGAAGGUCCAAGUAAAGCAGAAAUCCAAUGCAAAGACAACGAGGACGGUACAUUGAACAUUUUUUACAAACCCACGGAACCAGGUUACUACAUUAUGAAUCUGAAGUACGCCGACCAUCACGUGGAAGGAUCACCAUUCACCGUGAAGGUCUCAGGAGAGGGUAGCAAUCGUCAAAGGGAGAAGAUUCAAAGACAAAGAGAGGCUGUUCCGAUUACGGAAGUGGGUAGCCAGUGUAAGCUGACAUUCAAAAUGCCUGGAAUUACGUCUUUCGAUCUCGCCGCCACGGUCACUUCGCCGGGAGGCGUGACCGAAGACGCAGAAGUUAAAGAAGUCGAAGAUGGUUUAUAUGCAGUCGCAUUCGUACCUAAAGAACUCGGAGUGCAUACGGUAUCUGUCAGAUACAAGGAAAUGCACAUCCCGGGAUCACCGUUUCAGUUCACAGUUGGUCCUUUGAGAGACAGUGGAGCGCAUAGGGUUCAUGCUGGCGGUCCUGGUUUGGAAAGGGGAGAGCAAGGUGAACCAUGUGAGUUCAACGUUUGGACCAGAGAAGCUGGAGCUGGAACACUAGCUAUUUCGGUUGAAGGACCUAGCAGGGCCAAGAUUGAUUUCAAAGACCGGAAAGAUGGUAGCUGUUACGUCAGUUAUGUUGUCUCGGAACCUGGGGACUACAGGGUUGGAAUAAAAUUCAAUGACCAACAUAUUCCCGACUCUCCGCAUAAAGUUUAUAUAUCACCGGCCAUGGGUGAUGCUCAUAAGCUGGAAGUUGCACGAUUUCCAGAAUCCGGCGUACAACCAGACAAGCCAACUACCUUCCUAGUCCGUAAAAACGGUGCCAAGGGUGAACUCGAUGCAAAGAUUGUGUCUCCAAGUGGCACAGAAGAUGACUGCUUCAUUCAAGCCAUCGAUGGUGACACAUACUCUGUGCGAUUUAUGGCGCACGAAAACGGUAUCCACAAUAUUCACAUAAAAUUCAACGGUGUCCAUAUAGCGGGUAGUCCGUUCCCCGUUAAAGUCGGGAAAGUGGAUGCAGAUCCUGCUGCGGUACACGCUUACGGAAAUGGUUUGAAGGAUAUCAAAACGGGGCAAAAAACUGAUUUCAUUAUCGAUACUUGUAACGCCGGCACUGGAUCGCUUAACGUAACCGUUGAUGGGCCAAGCAAAGUUGCAAUGGACUGUACAGAGGUCGAAGAAGGGUACAAGGUUAGAUACACACCCUUAGUACCUGGUGAUUAUUACAUCAGCGUCAAGUACAAUGGAUAUCAUAUUGUGGGGUCUCCAUUCAAGGUGCCGUGUACCGGUGCGGAUCUUGCUGAGAAAGGUGCUCAAGAAACAAGCUCAGUUGUUGUCGAAACUGUUCAGAAAAUUUCGAAAUCGAAGCAAGCGGGACCAGUUCUACCCCUAUUCAAGUCAGACGCUAGUAAGGUGACAAGCAAAGGAAUGGGUCUAAAGAAAGCGUACCUUGGAAAACAAAAUCAGUUUACCGUGAACGCAGGCGAUGCCGGUAAUAAUAUCCUGUAUGUGGCUGUUUAUGGACCGAAAGGACCAUGUGACGAAAUCACAACGAAACACACGGGCCGUAAUAAUUACAACGUGAGCUACAUGGUUCGUGAAAGAGGAGAGUACAUCAUUUUAGUAAAAUGGGGCGAUGAACAUAUUUCUGGGUCACCAUACAAAGUCGAAGUAUAAUUAUUUGUUCUUCGUUUUGUUGCUUCUUUUCAUUGUAUUGCUGUAAACUUCGACUACUUUUGUUUUGAUUAUUUGUUCCCUUAUUUAUUUUUCUUUUGUUCCUUUU